CAUUAACUAAAAUGUUCGGGAGCACAUAUGCGGGCUGACAGCCUUUCUACAGCUACGAAGAGACGGGGGGAGAAUUCUUUCUGCUGCGGCUCCACCUAAGUGGCCUCGUCCAUCCCGCGCCGGGUGGCGUGAUGUAAGGAGUAGGGAGCAGCGUCAGUUUUAGGGAUCGCUAAACGUGGCGACCCCAUGGCCCCGCUAGGAGGCGGCCCGCGGCUGGUGCUGUUGUUCAGCGGGAAGAGGAAGUCCGGGAAGGAUUUUGUGACCGAGGCGCUGCAGAGCAGACUCGGAGCUGACGUCUGUGCGAUCCUCCGGCUCUCCAGUCCACUCAAAGAACAGUUUGCUCAGGAGGACCAGCAAGGUCGAGAGGCUGGUGGCGUAGACAUGAUGUACUUUGGGCAGGACCAUGGCUUGGACUUCCAGAGGCUCCUGGGCGCCAGCACCUACAAGGAGGCCUAUCGGAGGGACAUGAUCCUCUGGGGGGAGGAGAAGCGCCAGGCUGACCCGGGCUUCUUCUGCAGGAAGAUCGUGGAGGGUGUUUCCCAGCCCAUCUGGCUGGUGAGUGACACACGGAGGAUGUCCGACAUCCAGUGGUUUCAGGAGGCCUAUGGGGCUGUGACACGGACGGUCCGAGUGGUGGCCUCAGAGCAGAGCCGACAGCAGCGGGGCUGGGUGUUCAUUCCAGGGGUGGACGAUGAUUAUUCAUGGCCACCUGUGCAUUGGGCAAGGAGCCAAGAACUCAGAGAAGUGGCACUUACCAGGAUUGGAGCGUUAGUGUCGGAUGAGAACACAGGCUGCCUGACUCCUGACCAGGGUCUCUGUAGCCCCGUGCCCUUGGGCGCGAUACCAAGUCCCCUGGCUCCUUGCCCGAGCACCCCAGCUCUGUGGCCCUGACUCCAUUCUCCUCCCACAAAUUCUGUCUAUUCUCACUGAGAAAGGGACAACUGAAGAAGCCACAUGAGUUUCACCAUGACCCAAAUGGAACUUAGCACAUUGCUGCCCAAACCUCCUGUCUACAUCACCGUUUCCUAGUACUAGCUCCCUGGCUCUUCCAGUUAACCAGGCUGACAGCUUGCCAGUCGUGGUGGACUCCUCCGUGUCCCCUGACUGUGUGGCUAAUCAGAACCAGGUUCGGUUCCCCUGCCCUCCCUGGCCUGCCUUCUGGGCUUCUCAUUGGAAGGUAGAUUCCCUGAUGGCUAGGCCACAUCUAUCUUCUAGUUGUGUCCCUGGCUCUUAGAGCGAUGUUGGCCCACAGUUCAGAAAAUGGAUGUGACUGAAUGUACGUUGAGACUGGAUUACAGAAGCCAUGCUGGAAGCAGGCAGGUGGUCGUUUCAUGCAGUACUGUUCCUCACCGCUCACCAGGAACCUCUGACCCAGAUCCCAAGGCCUGGUACCACUGCUCCCCUGCUGGCAUUGAGCCAGGACUGAUUGAUUCAGAGCUGCUGGCAGAAGCUGAGGUUCCCCACCUCCUCUGACUGCAUUAACCCCGGGUUGUGACCUGAAGAAUUACCUCCCGUAUUCACCAGUCUCAGCCCCAGGGCCUUCUGGUCGUUUCCACGACUGGGAAUUGUGCAGCAGCCUCGACAGUGGGCUCCGGAGGCACAUCUUGGCAGCUGUGGCAGUGCCUGGGGUCGAGGGGACAGUGCUUGCCUGGAUCGUCAGCCCUGGGGAUCACGGGAUCCUUCCCUUGAGGCCCCACAGCUGUUCCCUCUGGCACUGACUCCAGGGGCCAUGGCACCUUGGGUGAACCUCUGUCUGUCCCUUACACCAAGAGCUCCUUGACAAGUGUGCCCGUGCCCCAUUCUUCUCUGUGUCCUCAGUGUCUGGCAUCCAGUGAGGGUGGCGACGGCCGAGGAUGUACAGUGAUUACUGAGCGCUCACCACACACCAGAUGUCAUGUUACGUUUUUAAAAUAAAUCCUCCCAAAGAGCUUUUAGAAUUAAUGAAAAAAUGAAUGAAAGAAAAGUAUUGAUCAAACUUCAAGCUCUUGGGCACUGGUUUAGCAGUCGUCGCCUCAGUGGUUUUAACAACAAUCAUGCGUCUUUCAGGACUGCUGUUUGCCAGGUGCUGUGCGGAAGCCUUUCAUACAGAGGUAAACGUUUUCAUUCCCACUUAACUGGGGAACAGCCUGCGGGCCCAUCUGGGUCUUCCCAAGGGCACAGUAGUGACUGCAGAGUGAGCACUGUGGCCAGUGUGCCUGCCUGCAAAGCUGUGCCCGACGCCCUGUUCUAGCGCGAGGGUCCCAUGGGCGAGGAAGCGCUGCGGGCCCUCCGCGGAUGUGAAAGCAGCCAAUCCCUGCCUUCUCAGGUGAAGGGAUUCAAAGCUCAGGAUGGAUCUGAACAAUAUAUGUGGUACCAGCCUGAGAGACUGCUGGCUUUUUUCCUUUCUUCCCAGCUUUAUUGAGAUAUAACUGACAUAUCACCUAUUAAGUUUAAGGCACACAACUUGAUGAUUUGAAACAUGUAUAUAUUGCAAAAUGAUUGUCACAAGAUAAGGUUAGUUAGCACCUCUGUCACCUCACAUAGUUCUUUCUGCGUGUGUGUGUGUGUGCGUGGUGAGAACACUUAGGAUCUACUGUUUUAAGUAUAAAAUUGUUAAGGAUUGUUAAGAAUAGUGACCAUGCAGUAUAUUAGAUCUCCAGAAUUUAUUCAGAAGUUUGUACCCUUUGAUCAACGUCUCCUCAUUUCCUGCAGCUCCCAGCCCCUGGCUACCACCAUACUCUGUUUCUGUGAGUUUUUGUUUUGGCUCCUAUGUGUAAGUGAGAUC